GACCGUGAGGAGGGGUAACUGAUUGAUAAGUCAGAUCAUUUCUCUCUUGUCGGUUUGGCUUUGGCACCUCAUCUCAUCGCCGUUGUAAUCUUGGUUGUUGAUAAAAAUGGCUGAAAAAGUUGGAUUUGGCGAAAGCCUCCGCAGUGAGUAGCUACUGACAUCUUGGUUGGGGUAUGUACUGAUGGUGCCCAGCGUUCUUCUUGGGAGCGGCGGCAAAGUCGAAGGAGGAGAGACGUCUUGUCAGAAAAUUAGAUUUCUUUAUCAUGACAUAUUGUUGUCUCAGCUACUUCUUCAACUUCCUUGAUCGUGCGGCAUUUGCCAACGCCUAUGUUGCUGGUCUUCGUGAAUCCCUCAGCAUGACUGGUCAUGAUUACAAUACUGUCCUCUCUGUCACCACCGCAGGAAUGGCUAUUGGCCAGCUUCCUCAUGGCAUCAUCAUCCAGAAGAUCGCACCUCGAAUCUGGUUCCCAUCCAUGGUUGUAAUCUGGGCUGGUCUGACAAUGGCUAGUGCAGCUGCCAAGACCGUUACUCAACUCUGUGUCAUCAGGUUCUUCCUCGGUUUGGCCGAAGCCAGUACUUAUGCCGGAACCAUCUACAUCAUUGGCGCAUGGUACAAGCCUGAAGAGAUCUCUAAGCGAACUGCCCUCUUCACUGCCGCGGGUCAAGUCGGUACCAUGUUUGCUGGUGUUAUGAUGACAGCCAUUCACAAAGGCAUGAGAGGCAUGUCCGGCCUCCAGGGAUGGCAGUGGGUGUUCUUAAUCGAUGGUAUCAUCACCCUUCCCAUUGCCCUGUUCGGCUUCCUUUACUUCCCUGAUAUUCCCGAAAUCACCAAGGCGAAGUACCUAUCCCAAGAUGAGAGAAAGCUGGCAGUUUCCCGACUCCCUCCUAUCAAGACCGAUGGUCACAACAUUAUGCCCAUGUCUCUGAUCAAGCGAGUCUUCCUUACUCCUAUGUUCUGGAUCCUCUUCUUUUGGUCACCUGUCUGCGCCAGCGUCGAGGGGUUCCCCUUUCAAAAUACUUUCCUCCUCUGGCUCAAGUAUUACAAAGAAAAGUUCUCACAAACCCAGAUCAACACUUACCCUCUCGGUGUGCAGGCCGUUGGUAUCGCUGCGAAUAUGCUUGCAGCAUGGCACAUGGACGCAACCGGCCAGCGCGUUCCAAUGGCCAUCCUCGCCGUCCUUCUUCAAGUUGUUGUAGGAGCCAUGCUUCUCGUGAGGAAUCUGUCUGAUGCUGGGGUCAUGUUUGCCUUUUACCUCGCUGGAUCAGCGUACAUGGUCAACCCCCUCAUCUUCGGCUGGGCGAACAUCAUUCUACAGCGAACAGGUGAUGAUGCCGUGCGCAGUGUGACACUGUACUCCAUGAAUAUCGGCUCCAUGGUCCUUUGGACAUUCUGGGGUAUCAUUUUCUACAGUGCUGCUGACGCACCUUAUUGGAAGAAGGGCGCUAUCUCUCUUCUUGCUUGCUGUGGUGUCAUGUUCUGUUACAUCUGGCUGGUCCAAUAUCUUGACAAACUCACCAUGAAGAAGUAUGGUGACCGAACCGUAGAGGAUCUCGAGGGGCCCGUCGAAGUGAGCGAGUCUGAGAAGGGCAAUGCUACCAAGGUGUCAGAAAAGAACUUAACUUCAUGAAGUCACUGUUGUCCAAGAGACAUGAGAGUAAAUCAUAGCACAUGGAGGGUGUAUUAUAACUUGUGAUCAUGGCUUAUGCUGGAUGCGAGUUAGUCCGUUGCCUAUAGACAGAGCAUGGACAUUCAGAGUUGUGGUAUAGCCUAGAUAAAUCCAGAUGAAUCCAGAUCAUCGAGUCUCAACAGGGCACCCGGAAGUUCAAUGUCGUCAAUUUCGUCGAUGGAAAGGUGCUCACUCAUGUUAUCUUGGCUCUCAUAUAGUUAUUCAAUGAGUCGGUUAUGAGUAUUGAGUUUCUGAGCAGGAGAAGAACGAACUGAUAGUCGGCGUAGCCUUUAUAACUGGUGAUUGGGCUUCGACAGCAUUAUUCACAUGCUGACUCUCGCCAGCAAUUGUCUCCCAACCCAUCCAUGUUCAGACUCAAUUGCAUCACCUUACGUCAGAUCAGAAUUUCCAAGCCUC